CCUUGAAAGGAGUGUGAUUUGCGUCAUUGGACCUUUUCCAAAAAGAUCGCUAUUUCUAUAGCUUAGCAAUAGCUAGCUAGCAACCUCAACUGUUCAAUUCAAUUCAUAAAUGCCACUCAUGAUCAACUCUCAUCAUGGGAGGAGAUCUAUAUAUAUGCUCUAUGUGUUCCAUUCAAUUCCCUCUAAGCUUAGCUAAACCUCAAAACAUCUCAUAUUAAGGUUGUGCUCAUUCUAAUGGCACCAGAGGAAUUUCUAGGGAAUCAAACUCCGGCCACCACCACCACCCCAGCUCAUGCGGCAGUCAUUUUUGGCGUGACUGGUCUGGUAGGCAAGGAGCUCGCUCGAAGGUUGACCUUGAAACCCAGUUGGAAAGUCUAUGGGAUCGCCCGGAGACCUGAACCUGAGCCCGUGGAGAGUUCCAAGUACCAUUUCAUCUCUUGUGAUCUCUUAGACCCUCUAGAGACCCAACAGAAGGUGUCCGUAUUGGAAGACGUGACUCACAUGUUUUGGGUCACCUGGGCGAGCCAGUUCCCCUUGGAUAGCCCGGAAUGCUGCCAGCAGAACAAGGCCAUGAUGGGCAAUGCUCUUAAUGCCCUCCUCCCCAGGGCAACUUCCCUGAGGCAUGUCUCCCUCCAAACGGGGCUUAAGCACUAUGUCUCCCUUACCAGACCUCACUUCGAUGGCCGGGAAGUCCAGAACUUUGACGAGGAAUGUCCUAGAGCGAUCGCAAACUACAACUUCUACUAUGAUCUAGAGGACCUCCUCAGGGAGAGACUAGCAGGUAAGGUGGCAUGGUCGGUCCAUCGGCCAGGUCUAAUCAUGGGGAGCUCCUACAAGACCCUGUACAAUUUCAUGGGCAGUUUGUGCGUUUACGGGACCAUGUGUAAACAUUUGAAUCUCCCGUUCACUUUUGGCGGGACCCGAGAGCGGUGGGAGGAAGUCUCCAUUGAUGGCUCCGAUGCUCGGUUAGUGGCAGAUCAGCACAUUUGGGCUGCCACCACUGACUCGAUCGCUUCCAGAAAUGGGCAAGCUUUUAAUUCGGUGAACGGCCCAAGCUUCACUUGGAGGGAGAUUUGGCCUUCAAUCGGGAAGAGGUUCGGUUUGCAAGUAACUCAGGAGGCCAUGUUCCAGCAAGACUACUGGUAUUCAUCUGCGAUGGCUGAUAAGAACAAGGUCUGGAGGGAGAUUGUGAAGGAGGAAGGGCUCGUCGAGAUGGAGAUGGAGGAUCUAGCCAACUGGGGAUUCCUGGACGUCCUGUUCCGUUGCCCUGUGAAGCUGCUCGGGACCCGGGACAAGGCCGACAAACUCGGGUUUGGCACAAGAUAUAAGACACUCGACUCGAUCUAUUACUGGAUCGAUUUCAUGAGACAUGAGAAGCUGAUCCCUUAAUUAAUCGAACUCUUCUCUUUCUCGUUAAUUUGUUCGAUUGAUGAAAAGAUAUGGACUGAACAAUAUGUAUUGAGGUGAACCACUAACUGAAUCCUCCCCCGCAAUAAUUUCUAUGAUUUCCUUCACUUCACAUCACAUGGUUUCUCUUUUGACUGCCUCUCAUUGUUCCUUCCCUACCGUGUUUUAUGACACUCGCUUGUUAUUUGGUAUCAACGUGUCUGUAUAUUACUAGCUGUAUAGUGUGUGUAUAUAUUAUAUAAAUGCAAGCACGUCUGUAAUGUUUGGAAUACAUCAACUCAAGGCAGAGGUCAGGGACUCAACGUUAGUUUUUUUUUUUUUUUUUUUUUAAGUAGUUGGUUUUGAAAAUAAGAUUUAAUGCAGCAGCAUCGUCAUUAACCUGCUCGAAACUUCUUCUAAAAAAAUCUCAUCCAUGUAGCUGAUGAAUUUUCAAUUUUAUGAUACAAGAAGUUGAUUAAAUGACCUUCCUGUUUGCCCUGGAACAAGAAAUUCAACCUCUCAUCUCACACGAGUCGUCUGUUUUAAGAUGAGCAAAGUUCUACCGGCCUAAGAUGGGUCGAAUGUUGACAUCAAUAUUACUAGCACGAGCAAGCAUUUCUAGGACGCCUCAACUCGAUGGAUAUAUUC